AUGCCAGUUGUCGAGAAGAGGAGUAGUCGAGAGGGUCGGGUGCAAAAGCGAUCAGGAGAGAGGGACAAACACAGGCUUUCGCCGAUAAAAAGCGGUGGUGGUGUUGCGAAACGCUCCCGUCGCUCGCAUUCUGCAUCAUCCUCAUCGGGUUCAUCGUCGUCUUCCGGUUCCAGCUCUUCAGAUUCACGGAGUACCUCAACGGGGAGUAGUUCCAGCAGUGGGAGCAGCUCUAGUGGAAGCAGUUCCAGUAGCAGAAGCAGCAGCAGUCGAAGUUCUGGUCCUCUUCGUGCUGCUUCGCAAAAGCGGGGUAGACCUUCGGAUAGCAGAACGAAGAAAAAGGAAGUAGUCGCAGCCAAGUCUAGAGAUGAGAAGGAUGCACCAAGGAAAAGGUCUCUAUCCUCUCAUACCCGUCCCGGAAGGAACGGACGUGGUGAGAGAACACGUUCUAACAGAAGAUCACCGUCUCCACGUGGGUUGCCUGCGGGGUUCUGGUCCGCAUUCGUAGUUAUGAUUGCUCUUACGUUCGCUGUUUGGUUAUCUCUUUUAGGCUCCAAAGCGAGUAGAACGCGCGUCAGUUCCCGCGGCAGGGAUGAAAAAUACAUUGGUAGAAGGGCCUCACCAUCACCUCGUAAGAUUAUCAAAGUUGUGAUACCAAGUCGUGCAUCUGAGAAGAAGUCCGUUGGUGGUGGUGAUACUGGGGGUGCAUCUCGAGCUUCUGAAGACAAGGUUGCCUCUCGGAAAAGAUCUCAGUCACCUCGCCGCCUUCCGGAAAAGAAGACGAGUACGUCCGAGGGUUCAUCGUCUCGUACUAAGGAGGAUAAGGUGACGGGUUUUACGAAACCCUCUUCGCCUCACCGUUCUUCGGAGUCAACAAAGCGAGUCAGUGAAGAAAAGUUGACAACCAUCACGGCUGAUACCAAGCCACCACCAGAGAAACCUUCUACUGAAGAGGCGUCUAAGAAGAUCUCAACAGAGGCUGUGGAACAAAAGGAGACGACUCAAACGGCCGUCAAUAACAAGGCAGGGAAACAAGAGAGUCGGGAGUCCAACAUUGUUAUUGAAAAGCAGCCACAGCAACAUCAUGAUGCGGAGGUAAGGAAAGAGACGGCAAAGGAAGGGGAGAAACUGCUAGGCGCUAAGGAGGCCAAGAGGCUGACGGAGGCGGAGGCGUCAAGGGAAAGAGAAGAGAGCCAGUUAAAAUUGGCUGGCCUUUCUUUGCCCGAAUUCACCCGUGUAAUGGUUACGAAGCUCUCUAGAAAUGUUACUCAGGCUCACAUAUCGGAGAUUUUCUCAACAUGGGGCCAGGUGAAGUCAGUGGAGAUGCCCUCAGACCAUAUGCAUCCCGAAUUCCAUCGAGGCUUCGCUUAUAUAGAUUUCACCAGCUCGCAGGCAGCCUCUGACGCCGUGAACUACAUGAACGGGGGCCAGAUAGACGGUCAGGAGGUGAACGUGACUGAGGUUCUACCUCCACCGCCAACACAGCAUCCCACUUCGCGCUCGGGCAGACAACUCUCGCCUCUCGGCUCUCGCGAAAGCAGGCGUCGUCACCACCAGACCUCCCCGUCAACAAGUCGGCGUUCCGGUCACGAGGAUGUAGUGCUACGCUCACGCGACGGUGGCGGUGGCGAUCGUCAUCACCGUGGUGUCGAUGGUGACCGCACGCGUCGCCAACGUGGCCGUUCACCCUCACCGCCUCCGCGCUCCUCCCGCGCCACCGCCGGUAGCCCGUUUUCUGCCCGCCCUGCUGCUGCCACUGGUCGCAGUGGUGGCGGUAGUAGCAACCGCUCUCCACCCAGUGCUGCCGCCUCACGCUAUCGUCGGCCCAGUCCACCGGCGAGACGUGAGAGACGGUCAAGAAGUCCAUUGACUUCAAAUACACGAUCUUCUGCCAAUGCGGCGCCUCGAGGUGGUGGCGAUGCAAAGACAAGUGUUAGUGGGGCGACGGACUCUGCUCCGAAAGAAUCGACUGGAAAACAGCCACAGCGUGCGUCGAGCCGUGGAAAGCAAGUGGCUAAUAGUGGCGCCUCUCGAAAACGCUCCCCAUCAUCCAGCUCCUCCUCAUCUUCCUCCACUUCCUCUUCGUCGUCAUCGUCAGCAGGAAGCAGUUCAAGAUCGUCUUCAUCAUCCAGCUCGGUUUCCUCCUCGUCACGUCGUCGUCAUCGACCACGUCCUCGUUUUGAUACAGGUUUCCAUCUCCCCUCCUCUCUUCUUCUAGGUCUCCUCCUCCUUCUCCUCCUAUUCCUAAUGCUUCAACUGCUUCUACAUUUUAGGGUUUUCUCUCCCUCUUACUCACGCUUCUACUCCUACCUAUCUCUAGCUCUUCAUCCUCUAAUCCUCGUAUCUCUUGCACUCUCGUCCCCCGAAAUCGUCGUCGCAUUUGGAAAGGAAAUGAUCACCGUCAUUAUCGUGACUGCGCGUGUUUGUAAUAAACGCCUUUUACAUACCAUUCUCGGUCCUUCCAUUUGGUGCUUACUGGGGCGACGUAUGGAGGCGUGGUGA